AUGGCCGAGAUCACCGCUUUAGAUGCCCUCCAAGCUUUCCACCAAGGGCUUCUAUCAUUACGCGAAGGUCGCGUCGAGGGUGCAGAGACACUGGGGAAUGAGUUCCUAGUCCAAGUUUUCGAGACCGAGUUGGCCAAGUUCUGGGAUAAGCCGGCAAGGAAAAGCGACAAUAGAAACGCUGUCAAGUCUGGCAAAGUUGUCAUCGACGGUGACGAAUACUCGAUCAACGAUAACUUCCAACAAGAUGUCCUUACCUUUUCCGACGAAGUAGAGCUCGACGAGCUUGAAUCUACACGAUGUUUACUGGAGUCGCAAGAAGACCCUAAUACGCUAGGCCGAUCGCUCCUCGAGUGCGCCAUCAUCCGAUUUCACCAACAGCGAAAGUACGUUCUCGAUAUUGUGCGACUUCUCCUCGAACUAGAAGGCCUCGACGACGAUAUUGCCGAUGCGGAAGCCCUUGAAAGUGUCAAACUGUAUGUUGCCGAGCGCUUGCUCCAGCCCAGCAUGGGCGCGGACACUACAAAACGAAUCGUGCCCAGGUGUAUGGCUUCCAUGAGGGAGAUCAAGGCGUGGCUUCAGAAGAUAGGAGACAAGAUCGCUGCGGCUCAGACCCUCGGUCAAACUACAACUAACGGCGUCUCUGAGCAGAUAGAGACCAUCGAGUUCUCCAGAGUUAGCUUGAUGCAACAGCACGAAUUGUUGGGUGUAAUACUGUGCCGGAGUAUUGAAAUGAGACAAGGAUCAACCCAAGACUUUCUCGACUUCGUAUCUGUCCUUCAAAAGGUAGACAGAUAUGAUGCCUUGCUGGUUCACCUUGUUCCAUCUAUCGGAGCAUACAUCUCAGUUUUCGGGUCUGCUGAAGGCGGAUAUGAUCUUAUCAAGGCCCGUGAGUUACACGGCAAGCUCUUCCCUACGGACAGUUCUCCGUGGCCCUUGUCACAGUUGCAGGCCGCUUUCAGGGCUUGGUGGCUUGCAGAGUACAGUGGCUUCUACGUCGAUGACCCCCCUGAGGCAGCAAUCCCCCCCAACACUGACUUGGAUGAGGAGGAUCGACAGCGAUCAAAAGCGUUCCUGGAGUCUCUAAAGGACGGUUCUUUCGACUUCCUGCUCUCAAUCGCGGCCGAUGUUAAAUCGCCGGAUUGGCACGACCCUGUAAGAGCCGGUAUGCGCAAGUGGCUGCAACGAAAGUCACCUGCUCUCGCCCCCGAUGCAAUCCCUUUCGCCGAUUUCUUCCAGAUGAGUCUUAUGCUACAGCUCGAGGUGUUUGUUGACGGCUUCAUCUCCAACCUUCCCGACGUGCUACGAAAGCUUCGCGUGGAGGAGGACGAACAACGUCAGUCUAGUCAGACACAUGAACAGGAUUUAGACCUUGAAAGAUUCUUGCUGAUCAUUGCAUAUGCUUACGAGGGCCGGCCCGAUGCUGCCAUGAACUUCUGGUCUGACCCCGACAGUAACCUGGCUGGUUUUAUGCACUGGGCCUCUCGCAGGGCGUCGACGCCUCUAGUGACUGCGUUCUGCGAGAUGCUCCAGGCUAUCUCGGAGAAUGAAGAGUGCGCUUCUGCUGCACAUGAGUUCUUAAUUGACGAGGGUCACCAUUCAUCUGGGAAGAUGAGAAAAUCACAGUCAUUAACAUGGGCUCAGAUCUUCAAGGAGCUGGACUUUUUCUCUGCCAAAAUCAGGCAGAAGCCGGCGCCACCUCAGGCGAUACGUUAUCGUAAUGAGAAGAUGAGUAGUGAUCAAGCAGAAACCGAACCGGAGUCGGCCAUGAUGCUUGAAUGUUACCUUCGUCUGAUGUCAAAGUUGGCUAGUGAAAGUGAGACAACACGCCAAUUUCUCCUUCAGAACCCCAACUAUAGCCUUGUCGAAACAUUGCUUGAGCUUGCUAGCAGCAACAUUCCACCCCGGUUACGCGGCUGUACUUUUAUGGCUCUCCGAGCUUUGAUGGCACGCAAGUCGCUGCAGGAGGGUGCUCUUAUGUGGAAUUGCCUUGAUCAAUGGAUCACUGGAGAGUAUUUCCUCCACCCAGUUACUUCUCAUCGUCAAUCGCAACAGUCGCCUAGUGUCUUCAUGGAGCGUAUUUUUGAUGAGAUUAGCAAUGGAUUUGAAGACCCCGAAUCCUUUAUCCAGCUCCUGCUUUCCCUCAUAUCCCCAGCUGCGGACAGCAGUCCCCUCAACGACGGGCUACCAUUUCCAGAAAACCUUGGCUCCUCCUCUCGAAUGCCCGGUAUUGAGAUUUACGUCGACUUUGUGAUAGGGUUAGUCUUUGCCCAAAAGGCCAACGACCUUCAAGAUGUCAACCAAACUCGGGUCUUGCGUCUUAGCUGCCUCGAAUUCAUCCUUAUCUGCCUGAACACUUUCAACGAAGAUCUUAUCAUCAUGGCAAAUGAAACGAAUAUCAACGUCGACAGCGUCAUUGCAACUACCGACUUGGCGACCUAUGUACGAAUGCAUCCUUUUGCGAGAGUGAUGGAAUGGAUGUUCAACGACAAAGUUAUGGCAGCUCUUUUCAACACUAUUCACCAAGAGCCUGCAGAUGUGGGAAAUGCUUCCCCCGACUCUCCUCUAAUUCUUGGCAUCUUGCGCGCUGUCGAAGUUAUCAGCAAGGUCCUUGAUCUCCAAGCUACCUAUCUUGAGCUUGUUCGGCCCAUUAUUAAGCUUCAGUCAAACCAGCGUCGACCACCCGUGGCAAAUGCUGCAUUCGCUUCAUUUGAGGAUGGCCUAGUUACGCGACUGAACCUCGUUGUUGAUUUAGGUAACUACUGUGGUAUCGGGCACCCAGAAUUGACGCUUGCGUGCCUAAAGCUUCUCGAAAAGAUGUCAUCAUCUUCAAAGAUCACCGCUGUUUGGUCAGGGUCCAGUCGACAAAUGCACCGCAACAAGGCUAUCGUUGCUCUAGAGGCGAAUGGCGAGCACGAGACAAUCUCAAGAUCGUUUGUCUCGGAAUUGAUAACCCCUCUGGAGACAGGGCGUGAGACAGACUCCCCAGCUUAUGUGACCAAAAUCUACAUUCUCGACUUCCUAUACCAAUGUCUACAAGAAACGCCCCGCAAGCCUACAAUUGCCCAUCUGCUGCUUGGUUUUAAGUGUGGCAUUGACUCUCUUUCUGUCGAAGCCAAGGGUGCUUUCACUUCAAGAACCUCUCUUUUCCACACAAUACUGAGAUUGCUACUUGAGACCCCCUCCGGUGAUGCCCAGGGAAUGCGACAGUGGCUUAUUGCCAUUAAGUCACGCGUAAUGCGUAUCUUGCAUAUUCUUUGGAGCUCUCCCCUGUCCGCCCCUGUGGUGGUUGAGGAGCUUCGCGAAAAUGAGAUUCUCUUCCACCUUUUGCUUCGUGAGACAGUCAUCAAUCCUGACUUGCCUUGGGAGGGUGAAAACGUCGCUCUGGUCCAGUUCCCUGUCACAGACGGCGCUAUAGCUUUGAUUGAUUUUUUGUCUCUUCGAAGCAUGAGCCUGGAAUACAUCGCGAUGGAACUUUGCAGCAUAGCCCAAAAUCGCAUGCCGAGCGUCAAGCGUCGCAUAUUUGAAGCCUUGAAUGGUCAGAUCAUUGGGGAAGGAGAUACUCCUAUCCCAAUUCCUACAAUCUUUGACCUGUAUGACUUCUUACUCCCGGAAGGUGUCUGGGAAAUUCCAUUACCUCCUCUCCAAUAUUAUAAAGAUCUUGACCUGACAGCCUGCUUGGAGAAUGAUACUGACGGCAACCAAAUCUACAACCUGGAACGCGUCAAGGAAGUUCUUCUACUAAAACGCGGCGAGGCUCACGAUGCGGGAACACUAGUUGCAGCCCAGGAUCUUGUUGCAUUCGAACGGGAAGAGAGCAUGAUAAUAGAGUACCUCAUUUCCUCUAAUCGACAGAAGCAGCUGACGACACAAAGCCUCAAGGUCCUCAAGACAUGGACCAAGCUGCUUUUGGUCAUGAUCGAGUCAAAUGACUUCAAAGGCUCGGCACAGAUUUCCUUCUUCCUACAGGCUUUGCAAUCGAUUCUGCCCAGUUUGGAAGCGUUUGCUUCUGAGCGACCAGAUGAGGCCUUUGAGCUCGCAAAAUUAUCCAAGAUUCUACUCUUCAAGCUCGAUCUUUCGGCGUCGGCGGAUGACAAGCAAGGCUCAGCCAUUGGCAAUCUGAUCAGCGACAAGCUUUUCCAGCUUUUCCAGAUCUGUCUGCAAGCCAUUGGCAAGUGGGCUGGUACGCCAGAGCUAAGGUCCAUCUACUACAGCAUCUGCUACCGCUACUUGACUGGCAUGGCUGACCAAGGGCCACUCACGUCUAACCGGCCCAAGACCAUCAAGACCAUCCAAGUGUAUGGUGAGCGGUUACUCAAUGUUAUUUGUGAUGAUGCAUACGGCGGCGAAGCGCAGUGUCAGACAGCGGCGCUCAUCCUCCUCAACGCAUUAAUUAGCAUGGGUCACCAGGAGAGUGAGGGUUAUGUUGUCGAGACUCUCAAUCGACUCAACUUUAUCGGAAUCAUGGUCGACUCGCUGCGAAAUAUCAUGCAAGAGUGGCAAGAAGUAUUCACGUCAGGCACUUCUGAGCAGCAGAAUUAUCAAAACGCACGUCUUGCUCUUCUCCUUGAACUUGCUCAAACUCGUUCCGGGGCCAAGUAUAUCCUUCAUUCCAAUCUUUUCCGUGCUCUUGAGAUCUCUGGCCUCUUCGGGGCAGACCCUGAGCUGCAAAUCAACAGCACGAACCCGCGCGCCCUCGAGCAACAUUACGAUCUCCUCGCCCAAGUUGUGCGCAUCGUAAGCGCCGCACUUGUUGCCCGUGGCAGCCACAAUGUUGUUCAAGGCCGCCGGUUCCUCACCGACCAUCGCAUGCUCGUCACACAUACACUUAAGCGCAGCGCUGGCAUCGGAAGCGCCAACGCUGAUGAAGGCCUGGACCAGAAGAUUGAAGAGUUGGCUGAAGGGUUAAUGGUUAUCAUUGCAGCAACACGAUUCCUUGAGUUUGAGAACGAGGGCCUCCCUGAGUCUACGCAGCAGAGCCAUGGGCUUUUCCACUAG